CUUGCAGCUGUGGUUACAUUACAUUACAUUACAGCCACAACUACAGGGUCUCUUCUCUCGGCUCUCUCCAGAUUGCUUCUACCAACGAAUGAUUUUGACUUCCUAUAAUCUCCCACCACAGCCCUCAUCGUCGAGCGUAACUUCUGCUGCCGCCCAGCUGGUCUUUGCAGCUUAACUUCACAUGCUUUCAGGGCGGCAAGGGAUAGUGUACCACAGUUACAGUUACGCGCGCAUCCGAUACCACAUCCACAUACGACACCGAUGGCAUUACCACGGGUCAUGGUGAAACUGGAAAUUGUGCUGCAGCUUUAGGUAAAGUUGUACUCCGUGACGAGACACCAAAAUUCCAUGGUGUUGACUUGAUAGCCGUCACACCAACUAACACCAACACUAACUUCCAACUAACUUUGACAACCGACGGGACGAUUGCUUGACAACGGCUUGGUUGGCAUUGGCGUCGACGAGAUCAGCUGAAAAAGAAAUCUCGAUCGGGCUUUGAUCACAUCCCCGGGGAUGAUGAUUGGGACGGUGAAAUCAACCCUCACUCUUCAACUGGGUGAAAUCCGAUAUCAACACAACACCCAAGAAAACAAUCCAGACCAUCAAAUGAGGCUCAUCACCCUCCCUGCAUAUCCCAUGAACCUCAUAGCAUAAAUCCAGCUCAAUAUAACCCAUCUAGCCCUUCAUCUCGCCUCUCAAACUUUUCGAACGGUCCAGCCCGCAUCCGCAUCCCUGUCCAGCUGAGCCAUCGCCCACCACCAAUCACAUCCUCCCAAAAAGUGGGAAUCGAAAAUGGAAUAAAACCGGGGGUUGGAGACACAAAAAGCAUCCGAUGGCCGCGGUGCAAGAGAUCCAAAUCUAAUGCAGAGCGAGAAAAAAUCCUUGACCAGCUCAACGUGCAGAUUUGUGCUUGAGCCUUGGNGGGGGGGGGUUGGAGAAGGUGUAUAUUGCGGGGAGCUGGUAUAUUUGGUUCUUUAUCGGUUGGUGAUAAGGGGAUAAGAGGUGAUGGGAUUAGGCGGUGAAGGGGUGGGGUGGAGGUAGGAAGGUUUGACCGUUUGAGAAAGCUUGUGAGAAUUAGAUUGACGACACUUUGUUUGAUGCUGAGAGUUGAGUGGGGAAUGUUUCUGAAAAGAUUAUAUCUGAGUCUUGGAUUUUAUUUCUUUGAAGAUCUUCGUUUGUUGAUAUACUCAGUGGGAUUUUGGCAAGUGCCUUAUAAUUUGUCUUCGUGUGGGUACAUUAUCGUCAACAGAUGCGUAUAUCUGAGAUGAUCGAAGUUUGUGGGAAAACCACCAAGUGGUCGUUCUGCCAGAAAAGACCUGGGAAGAUAGAAAAACAUCCUGAACAUGAUAGUAACCAGCUGCUAUAUUCACUUAUCGCAAAAAGAGUGAAAAGUAUAGGUGAUUCACUAUUAUUCUCCUCAUUUUCACCAAGUAGCUCUUUCUCAACCUCACCUUUCCCCUCGUCACGAGAUGCAUCUCCGCGUCUACAUCUUGGCGCCGGCGGCAUACAGUAGCAGCAUCAACUUUGUACCACCUCACCUCGACAACUCAACGCAAACACUUUAGUUUGCCCACUAGUCUCGAUACUAUCGUGAGCAUCACUGAUAUCCAUCUCUGAAUCAGCGCCUCACAAUGUCACCAAACCGUCUUGAAAACCUGCACCCUCAAGCUCAAGAGCAAGCAAAAGCACCAGACCAACCUCAUUGCUGGACUUGCAACCAAUCCUUCACCACCCAACGGAAACUCAACGAUCACCUCAGAUUCUCUAUUCGCCAUCAACCUUCGACCUUAUGGGUACCGGGCAAGAAUACUCCACCACGACAACCAGGAAAAACAGCUUUAUCUUCCAGUGGCAACCCGAACGUUGAAGAUUCAUCGCCAAAGAUUGCGCUUGCGAAAGAUGGUAAAUCGGGAUGGUCUGUAAUUCCAGAAGUUGAUCAUCCGGCUGUACUUGAGGCUUUACGCAUUCGAGUUCAUAGAGAGUCAACGCUUCAGACGAAUAAUUAUAUUACCAAACCGUUUGAUCCGAAAGAUUAUGUGGAUCGUCGGAAAUGUAUGCGUUGCAAAAGUGAGUUUGAAACUACCAAUAUGAUUGGGGUUGAGAAAGUGAGGUGAAGCUAAAAUGAAAUAGCAAAAGAAAAAGAUGCAGUGGGCCGUGAAUGUCGUUUCCACCCCAAGCCAUUAUCAAAACCCGAUCAAGCGGUAUACCCAUCCCUCAUUUUCUUAAUCUAUGAAAGGAAGAAAACUCACAAAAUACAGGACCCCUUUAGCGAAAGAACAUACACCUGCUGCACCUCCCCCCCAACAACCCCCGGCUGCACAACCGGCCCCACCCACACCUUCUCCCAAAACUACCGAUACACCACCCACAAAGGCUAUCUCCGAACCCCUCCCGCUUCCCCCUCAACCCCCAAGUACCGCGCCGUCGUCCUCGACUGCGAAAUGGCAGGCGUCUCCACCGGCGGGCCCGGAGAAGCCAUCCUCCUCUGCGCCAGCGACUACCUCACCGGCGCAGUCCUAAUCAACAAAUACAUCUCGCCCCCGGAGAAGAUAUCCAUCAUGCGCACCACCAUCCACGGCAUCUCACGCUACACACUCACCCAAGCCAUCCAACGGGGCGACGCCCUAGCAGGGUGGUCCGCCGCGCGCGCCGAGCUCUGGAAAUUCAUCGACGAUCGAACAAUUUUGAUCGGCCACGCAUUAGAACACGACCUCAAUUCUCUCCGUCUCAUCCACCCACGUAUCGUCGACUCGGGUGUUCUGGUAAGAAACAUCGUCGGUUGUACGUUCGGCUUGAAACUCCUUUGUGAGGAACUCUUAAAUAUCCGGAUAAGGAAGAAUAAAGGUGGUGUUCAUGAUUGUCUCGAGGAUGUGCUUGCUACAAGGGAAGUCGUGCUUUUUUGUACGCGGAAUCGGAAGGUGUUUCGUGCGUGGGGGGAGGGGAAGAAAGAGGAGGAGGAGAGGAAGAGGGGGAAGAGGGUGAAAAAGAACGAGGAGGUUAAGGCGGCCAAAUUGCAAGCGCAGCUUAAAGCGAAGGAGGAGGGGAUGAGUGAGGAAGAUAGGUUGAAGAAGAGGAUUGGGGAGGAGAUGGUUAAGAGAGUUGCCGAGGCGAGGGAGGAGAGGAGGGAAGCUGAUCGACGGGCCGAAGAGAAGAGAGAGACGAGGAAGGAGGUUGAUGGUAAGAGAUUGAGAGGGGAGAAGGAGAAGAGGGAGGAGGAGCGUUGAAGGUGUUUAAGAGGACGGCUGAGAGUAGGGGGUUGUCGGUGAGAUAGUGAUGGUGAUGGUGAUGAUGCAUUUAGUGGAUUGCUUGCUUGCUUGCUGGAUGGGCAGAGGUAGGUAUGAUUUGCUGCUAAUGGUAAUGGUUUUGAUUACCUACCUACCUACCUACCUACCUCACCAAACGAAAAACUGGCGGUAGUAAUAGCGAUAGCAUGAGAUAAGAUACCCAUACUCAAGUACCCUGAUUUCAAUCAUUUAGUCGUCUUU